AGAGUGGGUGGAGCUUAUGCCUCCUAAAUGUAAAGAGGGAGUGGCCUAAUGAUGAGGGAGGUAAAUCCCCCACAGAAGGUCUCAACCGUUUUUGAUGUCACUUCUGCUUUUCGUUUUGUCUUGUCAGUUGUAUUGGUUCUGACCCGGUUCUGAACCUGGGUCAGUUUUAUGCUGUGACCUGACCCACUGAGACACAGGUUACCAUGGCAACAUUAAAGCCACAGCAGCAGAAGCAUGUGUUUGUAAACACUUGAUUCAGACACUGGAGCUGUUACCAUGGUAACCCCACCAUCACUUCCUGCUCCAGGAGCGGAUCCCGAUCAUGGUUCUGACUCGGUAGAUGAACCUGCAGGUUUGCCUGCUCAGAACCGACCAAUCAGCAGCUGGCUAUCUUUCUGAGCACGUGCAGAACCGCUUAUGUAACAGGGCAGGGUUAACCAAUCCCGUGGAGCCAAGUUAGUGACAUCACCCAGGUGAAUGACCUCACUCUGAUCGGUUCUCUGGGUGAAAGGUGAAGGUGAUGUCACACAGUCCUGCCACCUCUCCUUACAGCCACCCUGCCUCCUGAUUGGUCAGACAGCCUGCUGUGAUUGGUCAAUCAGUAACCAGGCAUUACAGCAGCAGGCUGUGAUUGGUCAGCUCUCACCUGAUCGUUAAUCAGCGUAUUGAUCAGCAGAGUGAUGACUCAGCAGUUUCAGGGACCAUUCGUGGCCAUCGAUCCGGAUUUUUCCAUCAGGCCGCGGACUCUGAUCCUUGUGCUAUUAAUAACUGCGGCGUGGCAGAGUGGGCGGAGCCUAGGCACCAUAACCUCAGCCGCCUCCUCCUCCUCCUCUUCCUCUGCUGCCACUGCGGCUCAGCCUCACUCGCCAUGUGCCGUCGGCCCGCUCAGCUCCCGGCGCCGGCCCGACCUGCGCGCUCAUGGCUCCGGGUGCCUCGUUUGGCUCUGCGUCACCGUCUGAGCGCGCUCAGUAGUGGUGUCUGUCGCCCCGCCCCCUGGCACCACCGGCCAAUUGCUUUCCUCGGCUUCCUCCUGUCUGUCAAUGCCCUGCGGCCGCUGGCCAAUCGGGUGGCGCUUUACCGGACCUUCCCGACCCGCCUCGUGUCCCGGGCCUGGGGCCGGCUCAACGGACUAGACCUACCCACCUGGCUCCGCAAACCUAUCUACUCCCUCUACAUCUGGACGUUUGGGGUCAACAUGCAGGAGGCAGCAGUGGAGGACCUGCAUCACUAUAAGAACCUGGGCGAGUUCUUCCGCCGCCGCCUCAAACCGGCAGUCCGACCCGUCUGCGCCGCUUCCUGCCUGACAUCGCCGGCUGACGGCAGGAUCCUCCACUUUGGACGGGUCCAGAACUCGCAAGUGGAGCAGGUGAAGGGCGUGACCUACAGCCUGGAGAACUUCCUGGGACCACCCAGCAGGCCAAGCCCAGACCCGGCGUCCUUCCAGGACCGGCUGCUGUCAUCUCCGGACCGCGCCCUGUUCCACGUGGUCGUCUACCUGGCGCCAGGCGACUACCACUGCUUUCACUCGCCGGCCGACUGGAGGGUGGAGCUGCGCCGCCACUUCCCAGGCUCGCUGAUGUCGGUGAACCCGGGCGUGGCCCGUUGGGUCAAGGAGCUGUUCUGCCUCAACGAGCGCGUGGUGCUGAGCGGCCAAUGGCAGCACGGCUUCUUCUCCCUCACGGCAGUGGGCGCCACCAACGUGGGCUCCAUCAGGGUCUACUUUGACCAGGAGCUGCGGACCAACGCUCCUCGCUACAGCAAAGGUUCGUUCCAGGACCGCAGCUACGUUGCCCCGGGCGACCAGGUGAAGACUGGUGAAGGGGGCGUGGCCUUGCGUAAAGGCGAGCCUGUGGGCGAGUUCAACCUGGGCUCCACCAUCGUCCUACUGUUCGAGGCGCCGGCAGACUUCACCUUUGACCUGCAGCCAGGACAGCGAAUCAGGAUGGGGGAAGCCCUCGGCACCCUCUGAUUGGCCGACAGCUAGAGGCCGCAGCGCAUUGUUAUUGGCUGGAGACUCUGAGAACAGAGCUUUGUGCAGGACGGACAAAAAGACACGGACUCAAACUCCCAGAGUGCUUUGUACCAAAGCUCUGUCUGCUCCACACUGCCGGCUGUGGCCAAAGGUUGAACUUCUGAUUGGUAGAAAGCACUGUGACAUCAUCAGUGAGGUCCUGAUUGGCUGAGAGCCGUAAACUGUCUUUAUUUUUGUAAAUUAUGUGUAAAGAAUAAAUUUCUACUUUGAGCA